GAGGCUGCUGCUGCUGCUCUCCGCUCUGGGCGUUAUGUCAGUGGUAGGCGCCAUCAUGCCCGGCUCGCCGUCCAACAUCAGCGGUGACGACGGCGGCCUCCAGAAGGCGCUCCUCUCCGCCGCACGCUUCUACAACCACCAAUCAAACGACGCCUUCCUCUUCAGACCCUCCGCCGUCCGCGGCGCCCAGCGGCAGGUGGUGAAGGGCGUUCGCUACGAGGCCGAGCUGGACAUCUCCAGAACCGUCUGCAGGAAACGAGACCACAACAAGCUGACGGACUGCGACUUCCAGCCCAAAGGUCGUCUGCAGCAGACGUUGCAGUGUCACACGGUGGUCUGGGUGGUCCCCUGGAAGAACGAGACCAGGACCCUGCUGCUGCAGUGCAACACCUGAGACACCAACCGUCCUUCAUCACCUGCACCUGAGAUGCUACCCUGCUGUCCACCUGUCCAUCACCUGUCCUCCUCUCACCUGUCCAUCACCUGUCCUCC